UCUUUCAUGCUUUCCAGCCGCUUGGCGCGUGCUUUUCUCCUGUGAUUAUUUUCCUUUCCGAAGCCGCAACUUCGCCGUCUUUUCCUCCCUCCUCUUUCCUUCGCCCAUUCUUUCAAACCCUAUCCCUAAUCCUAAUCCAACUGCAAAUCCGCCGAGAUCUUCUGCUGAUUUGGGUAUCUCGACCGGGUUCAGGAAUGGAACCCAAUACGAUCCCCGAUUACUGGAUCGAUGACGCCGGAGGUGGAUCAGACUGCGAGCUACGCUGUGCCCUCGAGAGCUUCUGCGAUGUUCCGCCACCGGCCUCUGGAUCUGGUGUCAAGGAGGUGCACAGGAAUGGCUGUGGUCUGGAGCAGAUCGGGUCUUGGAAAAGGGUGUUUCUCUAUAUUUAUACCUUGCAGACUAAGAGAUGAGGCAUGCUGUGGUUCCAAGUCUAAAGCUUGUCGUGAAAAAAUGCGGCGGGAUAGAUUAAAUGAGAGGUUCUUGGAAUUGAGUUCCAUCCUUGAUCCUGGUAAACUUCCAAAGUCUGAUAAAGCUGGCAUUUUAAGUGAUGCAGCUCGUGUAUUGGCACAAUUAAAGAGUGAAGCUGAACAACUUAAAGAGGCAAAUAAGAAGCUUCAGGAGACUAUCAAGCAACUCAAGGUAGAGAAGAAUGAGCUUCGAGACGACAAGUUGGGGUUGAAGUUGGAAAAGGAGAAACUGGAGCUACAGGUGAAGACCACGGGCACUCCAACAGCAGGACUUAUGCCACCUACAAUUGCAGUGCAUCCUGCUUCUGGCCCUGCUAUUUAUAAGGCUCAUGGUGAAGCCCCUGCCAAAGAAGUGGCUCCCUUAAAUGCAUUCCCUUGCUUGGCCAUGUGGCAAUGGCUACCUCCUGCUUUUCUUGACACAACCCAUGAUCCAAAGCUAUGGCCUCCACAUGCUUAGCCUUUUGAAUGCUGCUGCAACUAAUCUUUUCUGCUUUGUUUUCUGAUUCCAAAUUCUAUUCUUAUUAAUAUGAUAAGAGACUUUUAUUUAUCUAGUUAUUUCUGCUGGCUGAAGUUGUUACGUUUUCUACUGGCAUAAAAUGUGAACCCGCCUAUUAAAUAGAUUCAGAUAUAGAGCAUUUGAUGUAUACGAAUAAUCCUUCUAUUUGCAUCUCUUUACAAAAUUCAGCUGUUGCUCCCUAUUA